AACCGGAAUUACAUAAAGAGAAAUCAAAACACAAGACAAAAACCCUAGAUAUAAAGCCGUCUAUAUAAAUUCCCAAAACCUUAAUUCCAAACUUCGUUUUCCCUUCAGCAGUCGAAAAUGUCGAAGCGAGGACGUGGAGGAUCGGCAGGUAACAAGUUCAGAAUGUCACUGGGUCUGCCAGUGGCGGCGACAGUGAACUGCGCCGAUAACACUGGUGCUAAGAACCUCUACAUCAUUUCGGUGAAGGGAAUCAAGGGUCGUUUGAAUCGUUUGCCCUCUGCUUGUGUUGGCGAUAUGGUUAUGGCCACUGUCAAGAAGGGAAAGCCUGAUCUCAGGAAGAAAGUCAUGCCCGCUGUCAUUGUUAGGCAGCGCAAGCCAUGGCGCAGAAAGGAUGGUGUCUACAUGUACUUUGAAGAUAAUGCUGGUGUUAUUGUGAACCCCAAAGGUGAAAUGAAAGGAUCUGCAAUUACUGGUCCAAUUGGAAAGGAAUGCGCUGAUCUGUGGCCAAGGAUUGCAAGUGCAGCUAAUGCUAUAGUAUAAGAGUUUGCUACUUUCUUUCCCCACUGGGUUGGGAGCUAUAUUGUCACAGUUUUAUUCCUUGAGAGUGUAGGAUGUUCCUUUGAACUUCAGCAAAUUUUGUUUGUGGAUUAUGCAUUUGGUUAAUGACAUGGAAUUUAUGCAGGAAAUGUCAAUUUUAUUGGUUUUGUUUCUGAAUUUCAAAA